AUGCUGGUCCCAGAGGCAGGACUAAACAAGGCGCUGCAACCACCUCCUCCCCUCCUCCUCCCCUCCUCCUCACCUCCUCCUCCCCACCUCCUCCCCACCUCCUCCCCUCCUCCCCUCCCCACCUCCCCUCCUCCCCUCCUCCUCCCCUCCUCCCCACCUCCUCCCCUCCUCCUCCUCUCCUCCCCACCUCCUCCCCUCCUCCUCCCCCCUCCUCCCCACCUCCUCCUCCCCACCUCCUCCUCCUCCCCUCCUCCUCCUCCUCCUCCCCACCUCCUCCCCUCCUCCUCCCCACCUCCUCCUCCUCCCCUCCCCUUCUCCUCCACUCCUCCUCCUCCCCACCUCCCCUCCUCCCCUCCCCACCUCCUCCCCUCCUCCUCCUCUCCUCCCCACCUCCUCCCCUCCUCCCCCUCACCUCCUCCCCUCCUCCUCCCCACCUCCUCCCCUCCUCCUCCUCUCCUCCCCACCUCCUCCCCUCCUCCUCCUCCCCUCCUCCUCCUCACCUCCUCCCCUCCUCCUCCCCACCUCCUCCCCUCCUCCUCACCUCCUCCCCUCCUCCUCCCCUCCUCCUCCUCACCUCCUCCCCUCCUCCUCCUCUCCUCCCCACCUCCUCCCCUCCUCCUCCCCUCCUCCUCACCUCCUCCCCUCCUCCUCCCCUCCUCCUCCCCACCUCCUCCCCUCCUCCUCCUCCCCUCCUCCUCCUCUCCUCCUCCUCCCCUUCUCCCCCUCACCUCCUCCCCUCCUCCUCACCUCCUCCUCACCUCCUCCCCUCCUCCUCCCCUCCUCCUCCUCCCCUCCUCCCCUCCUCCUCCCCACCUCCUCCCCUCCUCCUCCCCUCCUCCUCCCCACCUCCUCCGCUUUCCUACUGUUCUAUAA